AUAAUAUCAUCAGAGACUUCUCUAAGUAGUGCGCGAGAAGAAGAGAAGGCAGCAGUCGAAGACCGAAAGAGAAUGGCCAUCUCCAGUGGCAUCGCAACGCCAUGCACUCUCGUGAGUCUUAGGCUUCACCCUUUUGUUGUGGCUUUUCUUCUCCUGCAGGGGCAUGUCCAGCUCUCCUGUUGUGGCUCAAGAGUGGAGUUCCUUCCUGGAUUUGAAGGGCCUCUUCCGUUUCAUCUUGAAACUGGGUAUGUGGGUGUGGGUGAAUCAGAAGCAAUUCAACUCUUCUACUACUUUGUGGAGUCGGAGAGAAAUCCUAAGGAAGAUGCUCUCUUUCUCUGGCUAACCGGCGGUCCGGGUUGCUCGGCUUUUUCCGGUCUCAUCUAUGAAAUCGGUCCGUUAAAUUUCAAAAUAAAGGCCUACAAUAGGAGCUUGCCGGAGUUAGUUUUCAAUCCAUAUUCAUGGACAAAGGCAUCCAGCAUUAUAUUUGUCGAUUCGCCCGUCGGGACUGGAUUCUCAUAUGCAGAAAACCCGCUUGCUUAUGAGACCGGAGAUUUUAUACAAGUGCAACAUCUUCAUCAGUUUUUAAGGAAGUGGUUGAUUAGUCAUCCUGAGUUCAUCUCAAACCCUGUUUACGUCGGCGGAGACUCGUAUUCGGGACUCACCAUCCCAGUCCUUGUUCAAGAGAUCAUAAAUGGAAACGAUGAAGGCGAAAAUCCAGCUAUAAACAUCCAGGGUUACGUGCUCGGAAAUCCGGCGACCGAUCCGGGUUUCGACCAAAAUGCACCAGUACCGUUUGCUCAUGGAAUGGGACUCAUCUCGGACGAGCUCUAUGAGUCACUAAAGAGAACUUGUAGAGGGCAAUAUCAACUUUCCGAGACCACUAAUGCGGAGUGUGUGAACGAUCUUCUGGCUUUCUAUCAGUGCACUUCGGGACUUCAAACUGCACAAAUCCUGGAACCUCUGUGUGGAUUCGCAUCGCCAAAGCCUGGGGAGAUGUUCGGAGACAGGAGAUCUCUUCUUGAGAAUUUCUUCCUCGUUCGUGAACCCACCGAUCCCGAUUCAGGCUGUCGGACUUAUGGAUACACGCUUUCUUAUAGUUGGACCAACGACGACAAUGUCCGCGAGGCUCUUCACAUAAGAAAGGGGAGCAUUGGGGACUGGCAAAGGUGCAACUAUGGAUUGAAAUAUACAAGUGAUAUUUCCACCACUUUGGAAUACCACGCAAAGCUCAGUGCAAAAGGUUGUCGUUCUUUAAUUUACAGUGGAGAUCAUGACAUGAUCGUACCAUACUUGGGUACUCAAGCAUGGAUAAGAUCGCUGAACUAUUCGAUCGUCGACGACUGGCGAUCGUGGAUGGUCCAAGGUCAAGUUGCCGGUUACACGAGGACUUACUCAAAUGGAAUGACGUUCGCAACUGUUAAGGGCGGAGGGCACACAGCUCCCGAGUAUAGGCCUGAAGAAAGUUUUGCUAUGUACGAAAGGUGGAUAUCACAGGAGCCACUGUAGAUGACAUAAGCUUGAAAGCAAUCGGCUUUCAUGGUCAUCAUUGGCCCUCCUUCUUGCCCCUUAAAGAGCUCUUGGCCUACCCAACUAUGAGCAAACAGCGUGAAGUUAGGUCAUUUAUGAAAGCAUCUGCAAAAAGAGUUCAUUCGUGCUCACUGGCUCCCAGAUUGAUAGCAGACAACUAGAUUUCACCUGGGCCAACUCCAGCAAUUUCAUGUUUAUAUCGCAAUGAAAUAUAAUGUCACUUCAAGUUGAACAAAACUCUCUUCUCAUCCUAUAUCCAUGAACCAUACAACCAUUUUGUGCAUUUGUUUA